GGGAAUUAUUUUGAAAUUUAGCCUUGUUUUUGUAUUAAACAUUUAAGAGUAUUUCAUCGAAAUUUAAUUUCAGCAUCAUUUAAUCGCAAACGCCUCACAAUUAAGGCCUUACGAGCUGCAGUUAUGGCGGUGACAAAGCGAAAGCAAUCUCCAGAAACAGAAGAACUUCUUGAAAAUGGAGAAACUUUAAUCCAAGAGAGUAAUAUAAAAGGAGAUGAGUUGAAUAUUGCCGUAUUACUUUUUUUGUAUACUCUACAAGGCAUUCCAUUGGGGCUUGCCGGCGCCGUGCCCAUGCUGUUGCAAAAUCGUGGCAUAACUUACACCCAGCAGGCUGAAUUUAGUUUUGUCAACUGGCCGUUUAGUAUCAAAUUGCUUUGGGCACCAAUAGUUGAUGCAAUAUUUUGGCCUGAAUUUGGACGGAGAAAAACUUGGCUGGUACCUGUGCAGUAUCUUAUUGGUAUUGUUAUGAUAAUCAUGUCGAACAGUAUCACUGAGUGGCUUGGCUCAGAGGAAAAUGCCCCUUCAAUGACAGUAUUGACUAUGUCAUUCCUCUUCCUAAACUUCUUGGCAGCAACUCAGGAUAUAGCUGUAGAUGGAUGGGCACUUACUAUGUUGAAAAGAUGUAACGUUGGCCAUGCAUCAACAUGCAAUACAGUAGGACAAACAGCUGGUUUCUUCUUAGGCUAUGUUUUAUUCUUAGCCCUAGAAUCACCAUAUUUUUGCAAUAAAUACUUGAGAAGUAUACCCCAGGAUACUGGAUUAGUCACCCUUUCCAGUUUUCUUUUAUUCUGGGGCUGGAUUUUCAUUAUUGUAACUACACUAAUAGCCAUAUUUAAACAUGAAUCAAAGGAAAAUCCAGUGAAAGAGAGGCAAGUCAAGGGUACAAAAGAUAUAGUGAAUGCAUACAAACAACUGUACACCAUUGUGAAACUACCAUCUGUUCGGACUUUAGCUCUGGUGCUAUUUACUGCUAAGCUCGGCUUCUGCGCCAGUGACGCUGUGUCAGGCCUGAAACUUAUAGAAGCGGGUGUACCACGAGAAGAUUUAGCAUUACUCGCUGUUCCAUUAAUACCUGUACAAAUUAUAAUGCCAGUGGUGCUAGCAAAGUAUACAACAGGACCGGCACCCCUAUCUCUUUGGCUUAAAGCCUUCCCGCUACGACUCUUAGUUGGACCAUUAGCAGCCGGAUUAGUAGCCAUAACACCGACUUUACUCGCCGGCUCCGCGCCCUCAUACACCUAUUUAUUCAUCUUAAUGUGCCUCUAUAUUUUUCAUCAGACUUGUCUUUACUGCAUGUUCGUAGCUGUAAUGGCGUUCUUCGCUAAAGUAUCAGAUCCAGCAGUAGGUGGCACUUACAUGACCCUUUUAAACACUGUAUCUAACCUCGGGACGAAUUGGCCAAACACGCUGGCACUGUGGGCAAUUGACACUCUGACGUUCAAGAAAUGUACUGCGCCAGGUCUAACUGAUAACACGUGCUCUUCCAAAGCUGAAAUAGAUCUAUGCGAAAGUCAAGAUGGUUCCUGCGCAACUGCAAUCGAUGGGUUCUACAUAGAGACAGCCAUCUGUUUAGUGGUUGGCGUUCUCUGGUUACAAUGGGGUCGGCCGACAAUAAAUCGAUUACAGCGGUUGCCUACGUCCGCAUGGCAAAUUAAUAGAUUCAAUAGAUAAGACUGAAAAAUCUCGUAGUAAAUUUUUAUUUUACAAGUUGACCAGUUAAUACGUACUAUUACAUUCCCCUGCUAUUAGCUCGGGAUUUGGCAGAAAUCUAGAUAAAAUUCAAUCUAUCCUGUGUGUGUCUAAUCCG